AGGACACAGAAGAAAAUCCUGCUGAACUGGAGUGGUGACCAGCUCGCAUAUAUUCGGCUCGCAGGAGGCACAGAGCCGCAGAAAACUCUCCGAGAGUCGACGAGGUCAAACGCGCCGAACUGUUGUGUGUCAGGUUUCUUUUUUGGAGGAAAGAUUUGUUUAAAAGCAAAGUUUAUUUUUAUUUUUUUGCUGAAAUAUGUCUAUUUUACCCGAUGAGACGGCUUUUGCGGACUUCAGGAAGCAGUGUUUAUCAACGGACAAUUGGUCCAACAAGUACAAUAAGAAUGGGAUGCAGGUGUGGGUCGAAAACUCUCCUGCAAAUAAAGGAAACAACGGCCCUAAAGUCCACAAGAUCAAGUGUCAAAUGACAAUCAACGAUGUAUCCGCUGCCUCCAUGUACGACGUCCUCCACGAUGGCGCGUACCGUAAGACGUGGGACCCCGCCAUGGUGGAAAGUUACGACAUUGCCCGGCUCUCUGCUAAUGCUGAUGUGGGCUACUACUCAUGGCUUUGUACAAAACCCAUAAAGAACAGAGAUGUGGUAUCUCUGCGUUCGUGGCAGGUGAUGGAGGACGAGUACAUCAUCAUUAACUUCUCAGUCAAACACCCGAAAUACCCUCCUCGCAGUGAUCUGGUGAGGGCCAUCUCCAUCAUCACUGGAUAUUUGAUCAAGCCCACAGGACCGAACAGCUGCACUUUCAUAUACCUUUCACAAGCCGACCCCAAAGGUUCUCUUCCCAAGUGGGUGGUAAAACAAGCUUCUCAAGUUUUCGCUCCGCAGGUGUUGAAGUGUGUACACAAGGCGGGACAGAACUACACCGAGUGGAAACAGCAGAACUCUCCCGACCAGAAGCCCUGGCUGUACCCGGAGCAGAACACCCUGCCCAUGAUGGACCCCAGCAAAUUGUCCAUACAGAGAGCCGACUCGCUAGAAAACGUGGAUGAGAGUUCCAAGGUGGCCACUCAGGACAGCGAGGACGGCAGCUAAAUCGUGACUGGGGGGGGGGUAGUUGGAAGAGGGUGACAUCGGAGGACAAAUUUAAUAUGACUUGAGACCUCCGACUCUCUGUGAUGUUGCCCGAAUGCUCUUGAAUAUUGAUCCACAUCAGUGUGCCUUUUGGGAUGAGCAUGAAGUGUUUACAGCCGCUUUAGCAGACGGAAACGAGCACAGAUCAAAUUGCCGUGGACCUCAGUCCAUGUUAAAGUAAGCUAAACAUCUCUCCAGUGUUUGCCGACGAGCUUAAAAACAAAAAGGAAAAAAAAAAGAAUUGUACGGACUUGUAGGUGUGAGGGUUUGAGUGUGUCGUAGUUAACUACAUUUACAACGGGUCCUAUCUCGAGCCUUUUUGAGUUACAGCUAUGUGAAAUACACGCGAACGCAUUUUUAAAUGAAGCGUGGUCGUCCACUUUGCCUUUACAAGUGACCGUGAAUGAAGAUUUGACUCGUUACUGUCGGUGGUGAGAGUAGAGUGAAGUGAAGUUAGUUAUUUUUCUGCAUCGGAGUGAUUUUUGAUUCUGUUAAAUCACAUUUUAAUGGCUGUUUUGCAGUUAAAACAUUCUUAACAUGUUGACCUGUUCGGGGUUUGUGCAGCCACUCUGGGCGUCGGCCUUGAAUAUGUUUAAGGAAGUUUUUAAGCUAAAUGCAAAACAAAAACAAUUCACUGUCACAUUUGCUAAUGAUCCUUUUUUUUUUCUUUUUUGGAAGAGCUCGUUUUUAGUAACCAUUAAUUGUCUUUAGUCAUAAUUAGUGAGUUACUAUGUUUCUUUGUUCGUCGUUUAAUGCAGAGACAGUUUGAAGGUUCAUUGUAUUUAUUUCAGAUGUUGUGCAAUCGAAGGUUUUUAUGUCAUUCUUAUUCUAAGUUAUACAGACGCUAGACUUGCAUUGGCAAGAGCAGAUCGGUUGAUCUCCAAGAAUGAAAAUCUGGUUACGAUGUAUUAUAGCUCGUUAGAAUUUUGUUAGUUGAAUAUGACUGUUGACCAUAAAGGAUAUAUUUUAUUUAAUGUAUUUAUUUGAAGUUUCUGUAGUCUGCUGACGUGAUGAUGGAGGAAAGACCCUGGAAUGAAGCCUUGCAGGCUGAGCUGGUUAGGUUUUUUUUCUUCUUAAGAUGUUUGAUGUGGAAUGUUCCACGGUCUUAACUUCAAAAAAACAAAACUGACAAGGUGAACGUAAUUACGGUCAUUGUCUGCG